AUGCGGGCAUGCCCGGGCACCGGAGCCGUGCAGGGUGGUGGGUUUGAGACCACAAUGACUGAAUUUUUAACCUCCUCAAAUAUUGACUCAUCGGAUUCGGAACUGAAUAUGACGACCCAGGCUAGUACAAAGGACACGAGAAGCCGAGCUGGCAAAAGCCAGUCUACGGUAAGAAGGGAGGGGCUUAGGAGUGGUAAGGCCCAAAAGGCUAAGAAGGCGGAAGAGAUCUGCGACAGCGACAGAUCUAGAUCUAGAUCGCCUAUCAGAGCUGAUGAGUCGACGCCGUUUGCCACCUCCAGGGAAGAGGACUCUGAUGAUGGCAAAAAAAUCAUCAAGAAAAAAGAAGGGAAAUGGGAUAUCCCCAGGGACGAAGACGGAAAUACGGACGAGGAGCGUCUCGUUGAGAAGGCCACCAGAGGCAGGGGCAGGCCAGAGACGACAGGGGGAUAUCGCCUCAAGAAAGAGUUCAUGGCCCCCUUCCGAGACAUAACGGCGUCUAUUUUGGAAGCAUCUAGCAAGGUUCUGGGAUUCUCACAAAAAUCUAAGAGCCUCAAAGGUACGCACGUGAAGGUACUCAGGGACGCUGCGGCGGCGAUAACAGCAGGAACAAAUGUCAUGGCCAUGCAAAUGGCACAGGACAGAUGCGGAAACAACUUGGACUUGAUAGAGGAGUUAAGAACAGAGAAUAUGAAUCUGAAAACAUCGCUGAGGGAAGUAAGAAAGGAACUGGAGGAAGUGAAGGAAAUGCUUCGGGGUAUAAGGGAGACACCGCUGCAAGCAGCAGCGGUAUUCUCCCCGCCCCCGAAGCACCUGGGAAACGUGGGUCAGGGUGUGGAGGAGGCGCUGCAACAUAUGGCGGGUGCUCCCUCGCCCCUGAUCCACAUAAAGGAGAAAGAAAGGGCGAUCACCCCACCUAUGGUGGACAUGGUGGAGGAGGAGGAAGUCCCGAUUGGAGUAAUAGAGAUCCAAAAGGGACUGAUUCCAAAGGAUAAGAGACGCCCGGUGAGGGAAGGCAGGGUCGCAAAAACAGGAGAAGCAGGUCCCAAGAUUAGGGAAAAUGUCCUCCUGAAUACUAAAGUUAGGAUGGAAAGGAGGGAGGAUCCAGUAAAAGGAGGAAAGAAGGGACUGGGAGAGGAAGUGUCCAGGAUGGUGUUCCAGGCCCUGAACGAAUGGAAAUCACAGGAAACUCCCAAACAAGGGACCGGGAGAAACAAAGGAAACAAAGGAAAAGGAGAGGUAAAAGAAAUAGGGGAUCAAGGAAGGGCACAAUACGGGGGAAACAAUUACAUCAAAGAGUACCCCCAACUUCCGCCCACGAGAUUACAAAGAAAGGAACAACAAGCACAACAUGGCAAGGAGGAGGCACCUACACCACAAGAAUUGUGGGCGAAAGUGAAAGAAGGAAAAAAGAACAAGAGAAGAGUCCCCAACACAGCGGCAGUAACAAUCACCGCCGAAAAAGGACAAUACAAGGACCUGCUAGCUGAAGCAAAGAGGAAGAUAGAUCUAACCGGGAUGGGUAUCGAGAAGAUAAAAACCAGAGUAGGGGCCACCGGAGCACUUGUGCUCGAGAUACCCGGCGAAGAAAGGAGUAAGCUGGCGGACCUAUUGGCGGACAAACUUAAGGAGGUCUUGACAGACAGGGCAAGAGUAAGCAGGGCGCAGAAAAUGGGUGAACUGAGACUCAAAGGGCUGGAAAUAUCCACCUCGGAGAGCGAAGCGGCGGAGGCAGUGGCUAAGAUAGGGGGAUGUCAAGUAGGAGAAGUAAAGACUGGGAGUAUAAAAAUGGCCUGGAAUAACUACAGGACAUUAUGGGUACAGUGCCCCCUCGCGGCGGCCAAGAGGGUUGCAGAAACAGGCAACAUUAAAAUAGGCUGGACGCAGGCCAAAGUAGAACUUCUACAGGCAAGGGCACUCCAAUGCUUUAAAUGCUUGGAAAGAGGGCACGUGCAGAUUAAUUGCACAAAUAACAGUGAUAGGAGAGCCAACUGUUACAGAUGCGGAGAACCCGGACACCUGGCUCGGGACUGCAGUUCAAGAGCCAGGUGUCAAAUCUGUGAGGAGGCAGGUGUAAAAUCGGGACAUAGAAUGGAGGGACCAUCCUGCCGUCCCCCCAAGGGCAAGAAGAAAAUCUCUGGGGAUGCGGUGGUAGGGGGAAACCUGCACCGCGCCCGUCAAGCGCUCCCUUUGUUCGAGCACACAAUGACGGAGCGCGGUGCAGGCUUAGGUAUAGCGGCAGAGCCCCAUCAUGUCCCCAGAAACCAUAGAUGGUUCGGGGACGAGGUGGGCUCUGUCGCUAUAGUCUGGAAGGCGAGCGACAGCUCACCCCCUGCCAAGUACUUGGACCGAGGUAGGGGGUUCGUUGUGGCCAGGUGGGGAGUCGUCACCGUGGUCGGGGUAUACCUCCUCCCAGAAAAGAGCCUGGGCUUGGUUGAUUACAAGUCCAGGCUCCAAGAAAUGGGAGAUGUCAUCAAGAGACAUCUCCCGGGUCCUGUCAUUGUCGCCGGCGAUUUCAACGCCAAGUCGGAGCUAUGGGGCUCCCGGAGCGAUGACAGGAGGGGGGAGGUAACAGCGGAUUGGGCCGUGGGCCUAGGUCUGCACAUUAUGAAUGACGGCAAAAAAUCUACGUUCGUGGGGUCGAGGGUGCGGACCUGGAGGGUGGCGGAGGAGCUAGAAUCGUUGUCUGACCAUCUCAUAAUAGAGAUGGAGCUCUCCGUCACCCCCGAUGGCCUACGGCCCCGCAAUACGGACGGACCCCGGCCCGGUAGAUGGGCUCUGGCCCAGCUAAACAGGGAGGACUUGGAGAUCUCCCUGAUGGACUCCACCUGGCCACAGUGGAAGGAAGGGCAGGACCUUGACUCUGAGGUCAUGGAGGUUAUGCAGGUUCUCGCACUCGCGUGCGAUGCCUCCAUGCCCAGAGUCAGGGCCUGCCCAAAACGAUGCGCCUGGUGGUGGACUGACCAAAUUGCCGCGUUGCGGCGGAGGUCGGUCCACCUCAGGCGCGCAUUCCGAGCAGUGGGUUGGGACGCGGACCCUGAGGUCACUCUGGCCGCCCGGCUGGAGUUCUGCGCAGCCGCCAAAGAACUCCGGAACGCCAUAGGGGUGGCCAGAGGAAAGGGGUGGGACGACCUCCUCCUCUCGCUAGACGCGGAUCCGUGA